AUGCCGACCGGAAGGCGCCUGCCGCUGGUGAGGAGGGCGCCGCCCAGCAGGGUCCUCCCCGAGGGCUUCCUGCUCAACCUCAUUGACUCGCCGGGCCAUGUCGACUUCUCUUCGGAGGUGACCGCUGCGCUGUGUGUGGCUGACGGAGCGCUGGUGGUGGUCGACUGUGUGGAGGGCGUGUGCGUCCCAACCGACAACGUGCUUCAGGACCGGCCAGACGGUCCGCAUUCUCGGCCCGGAGUACAUAACAUACCCGGCCAGAAGACCAUCCAGAAGGUGUGCAUCGCCAUGGGCAGCUACUUCGAUAGCAUGGGCAGCGUGCCUGCCGGUAACACGUGCUCCAUCGAUGAGGCCACGGGCGAGAUAAUCGUGGCUUCGGCGGGCGAGCUCCACCUGUAUGCCGUGCUCGCCGAGCUGGCCGACCUGUCGCGAGUGGAAUUCCACCCGUCAGACCUGAUGACCUCGUUCAGGGAGACCGUCACCGAGCGGACGCCCGAGGUGUGUCUCGCCAAGUUGUGGGUAUCGGCCGACCCCUUCCCCGAGGGCCUGGCCGACGCCGUCAAGAGCGGCACCAACAUUCGCGCUCGGGCCUCGGUGCUUGGGAGAGAGCUGGCCUACCGCUUCGGCUGGGACCUGCUGGAGUCGCGCAAGAUCUGUGCGCGCUUCAACCUCGCCGACGUCCCGCUCCACGCCGACGCCAUCCACCGUGACGCCGGCCAGAUCAUCCCCACUGCGCGCCGCCGGCGAUCCGCUCGACCCCAACAGCACGGUCGGUGA